AUGUAUCAUCUGAGUGAAGCCGAAGUGGAUCCUCGUCUCUGUCAAUCUGCAUCUGCUCUUGAACGGCCUAGUCUGGACUACUCCCUCGCCGAUGGACCCAGCGACUUCAACAGCGACAAUGAAAUUCCUCUCAAUGUGCCCAAGUCUAGGUCAAGGGCAAAUUCUGGCGAAUCUACCGUUACUGGUCUGGCUUCUCGUGUGGGUAGCCGGUUAUCGUCAUUCUCGAAACGCCGUGACAGAACACCUACCUCGCCUCCGACUGUGGCUGUUCAUCGACUUAGCACUAAGAGCGCUCCUGUCUCCCGUGUGCCGUCACGUGCCGCAUCUUUCCGCAUGUCUUCUGUAGCAAAGCCUGUUGUAUCUCCUAUCGAUGUUGAGGCCGAGUCGACACCAACACCUAGCCCGGCUAACGUCGCUGUCGAGCCUUCUAAUCCUCUGGACAUCAAGAUUCCUCAUGCAGAUGAGCCAAUUGACCGCAAGGCCCUGGCAUCCACCCCUCUUCUGCCCAAGACGAUUCAGGAUCCAGAACAAAUUGCUGAGGAUGUCAUCCAAUCUCCACUGCAGUCCCCCACUGUCGUCGACAACGCUCAAAUAAGUCGUUUGUCAAUGAUUGGCCCAUCACUAUCCAGUCCAAUUCUGCCCGAGAUGUCGAUGGUGUCGCCUGCCCUUUCGGCGCAUACCUCCACCACUUCUCUCGGCGUCAUGCAAGCUAGCCAAGUCAUGUCCUCACCCGACAUCUCGUCAAUGCACAUUGUCAGCCCUCAAGACAAGUGGGCAAACAAGCUUGGACACGCCAACUUCAGCGUUUUUCCGGAGCCCUAUCUGCCAGAAACUUACAACAUCCACGCAUGCAGAAAGCUUCUAGAGGACUGGGAGUCGGCUCGCAGACAAUUCAUGAAUCAAGCAGCACGCACCAGUGAACAUUACGGUCCGACUUCGCAAGUGUACAAGUACACGGAGAAGAAGUGGGCAGAGAUUGAUGCGGAAUGGAAGAGAAACCAUGAGUUGGUUGUCGCCAAAACAGCAGCAAAUGGCGAGACGCCUGUUUUCCAGCCUCUGGCAGAGCCGGCUCCUAUCACCGAUCUGCCCGCUCUGGAUGAUCCAUUGAAAUUCCCCAAACUUGAUGGGUCCGACAUUGUCGGACCCAUGGUCAAGUACGCAAAGAUUAAGCAAAAGUCGUCUUCGAAGAAAUCGGCUUUCCUUAAAUUCUUCAACAAUGUGCGAACACCGAGCAACACACUCGGCCGCACCUCGACCGGACUUGGUCUGUGA